CAUCCUUUUACCGUUCAUUUAUUGAUCAACACUAAUCCCAUUGCCAAAGAUGAGACCUAUUAUGCUUAAGGGACAUGAGCGUUCCCUGACUCAAGUGAAAUAUAACAAGGAGGGAGACUUGAUCUUCACGGUGGCCAAGGAUAAAAUUGCAAGUGUGUGGUACUCUUAUAACGGUGAAAGAGUUGGAACCUAUAACGGACACCAAGGUACAAUUUGGUCUAUCGAUGUUGAUUCCAAGUCUGAAUUCUGCUUAACCGGGUCUGCUGAUUUCAGUAUGAAACUUUGGGAGGUUUCCACUGGUAGAUGUCUCUUUACAUUUGACCAAGAUACCUCUGUGAGAAGAGUUGAGUUCGAUCCAUACGACAACAGAAUCCUUGCUGUUACUGAUAAAGUUAUGGGUUUCCCUGGUUCUAUUAUCACAUACAAGAUCAACCGUGACUCCCCAACUCAACAAGAUACGACUCCUCUCUUAAAGAUUGACACGAAAGAAGGAUUUGAAAAAGUUUCCGUUGCUGGGUUCAGUUACUUGGGCAAGUACAUCGUUGCAGGUCAUCAAGACGGUACGAUUUCUAAAUAUGAUGCAACUACUGGUGCGCUCAUCGGCUCUGUAAAGGCACACGAAGGCUUGAUCACGGAUAUCCAAUUCUCUGAGGACAAGACCUAUUUCAUCAUCUCUUCAAAGGACAAGAGUGCAUCCAUUUAUGACGUUGAUAACUUGAAGCAGUUGAAGAGAUUCGAAGCCGAUGCUCCAAUGAACUCUGCUGCCAUCACUCCAGUUAAGGAGUUUGUCGUUCUUGGUGGUGGUCAGGAAGCUAGAGACGUUACCACCACUGCAGCCAACCAAGGUAAGUUCGAGGCCAGAUUUUACCACAAGAUCUUUGAAGAUGAGAUUGGUAGAGUGAAGGGCCACUUCGGUCCUCUCAACUACAUCGCAGUGCACCCUAGUGGCUCAAGUUAUGCCAGUGGAGGAGAAGAUGGUUAUGUUCGUGUACACACUUUUGAAAAAUCAUACUACGAUUUCAAAUAUGACGUUGAAGUGACUGCUGAGGCCAAGGCACAUGCUGGAGAGCAGUGAGCAGCCGGUAUACGUUACAUAGUUUGACAUAGUACUGGCAUAGUCAACUGUUGUAUAGAAAUUUUGUUUUUAAAAGACGUCUACGAUGGAAUCAUUGCCUACAUAGAGAAAGCACCCCAUUUAUAAACGAUCCUACGAGGAAUAACUAGCAAAGGACAGCCUCUGUCACAACAACGACGGCAACAAGGCAACAAAGCCACCAUCUCAAGCUUUACCGGCAGCAGCCUUCUUAGCAUCAGCUUCAGCCUGUUUCUUUCUCAUAAUCUCAGCCUGGGCCUCAAGUCUCUUUCUUGGAUCAC